UACAUCAUGGUGGAAUUAACUCAAAUGGGUCCCUCAAAUGGAUUUGCACAGUAGGCUCUAAGUAUCUGGGUAUCUUAUCUUCUUGGAUACAUAUCAGCAUUAAAUACAAGAAUCAAGGGAUGGGCUAUAGCCAGAAUAAGUCCAUCUGCUGAGACACCUACCACAUUUAUAUUGGGUUUUCCCUGCUUGACCAAGAAUAUUUUACAUUUUCCUUGGUAAAUUAUUCUCUUCCUGCCAACUGAUUCCUCCUUUUUCUGAUUUUCGCUGUCGUUUUGGUUUCUUUCUGCAAAAAAUAUUUUUCUUCCUGGGUGUGAACGUCCUCAGGACCUGCUAAUGCUGAUGUGAAACCAUGUCAAAGCCAGUGGGACUCUUAUGGCUGCCUUUGAUUUUUAAUCCUGUUUGUGUCAUGCUGAAUUCUAAUUUCCUCCUUUGGAUAACUGCCCUAGCAAUACGUUUUACGUUUAUUGAGGGACAAGCACAAUACCCAGUUGUAAUUACAAAUUAUGGCAAAAUCCGUGGUGUAAGAACACCCUUGCCCAAUGAAAUCCUUGGUCCUGUGGAACAGUAUUUGGGAGUCCCUUAUGCUUCUCCUCCAACUGGAGAGAGACGUUUCCAACCCCCAGAACCUCCUUCAUCAUGGACUGGUAUACGGAAUGCCACACAAUUUGCUGCUGUUUGCCCACAGUAUCUGGAUGAGAGGUCGCUGCUUAAUGAUAUGCUACCAAUUUGGUUUACUGCCAACUUGGAUACUGUAAUGACCUAUGUGCAAGAUCAAAAUGAAGACUGCCUUUAUCUGAACAUCUACAUACCAACUGAGAAUGGUAAGUAUAUUCACUAACCAUGAACUGGCCAGUUGGCCAAUUUGCACAAUUUAUUGAAGCAUACACUGUAGGAAUUCUGCAGUGACCUAUGUGAGGAACUAUAAAAAUAUUAUUGGUUCUUAUUAGAUUAAAACAUUAUAAGAAUAGCCUGUAUUACUUGUUCACAUUUGUUACAUGCAUUUAU